CUAGGCAUGCAGAUUGCUUCUACAAACAUUUGUGAAAGAAUGGGACGCUCUCAGGAGCUCAGUGAAUUCAAACGUGGUACCGUGAUAUGUUGCCACCUCGGCAAUAAGUCCAUCCUUGAAGUUUCCUUGCUACUAAUUUUUCCACAAUCAACUGUUAGUGGUAUUAUAACAAAGUAGAAGCAACUGGGAACUACAGCAACUCACCGCACCGCCACUUGACUCUAGAGCAGUGUAGACAUGUUCUCUGGAGUGACGAAUCACGCUUCUCUGUCUGGCAAGCUGAUGGAUGUGUCUGGGCUUGGAGGUUGCCAGGAGAAUGGUACUUGCCUGACUGCAUUGUGCCAAGUUU